GUGAAGAGGUAGUUCUAUCUUGUAGUACUUUCGAUAACAUUGGACUUUUUCAGUCAAACCUCAGGGGGGAUCAACCACAGAGGAGACGUGCCCUUCUAAGUCAUCUGGAUCAUCCUAAAAUGAUGAUAACAAUUACUAAUGCCACCAACUGCAGUGCUCCGUCAUCAGAGUACCAGGCCCACCUCUACCCAGCGGUGUACAGUCUGGUGGUGGCUCUGGGCCUGCCAGGAAACCUGGGGGCCCUCUAUGUGUUCAUCUUCAAGAUCACCCCUCGAACCUCCACCAACUUGUACAUCAUCAAUCUGGCUCUGGCCGACACCGCCAUCCUUUGCACCCUGCCGUUCCGCAUCCACUACCACCUGCACCAGAACAACUGGGAGUUUGGAGACAUGGCCUGUCGCGUCACGGGGAUAUUGUUUCACGCCAACAUAUACAUCAGCAUCUUCUUCAUAUCCUGCAUCUGUGUGGACCGCUACAUAGCCACAGUCCACCCUCACUCCUACCUGAGGAUGCGAGACUCCUGCUGUGCAGUUGUCGUGAGCGUGGUCACCUGGGUGCUGUCUGGAGUUGCCGUACUGGCCUUCAUCUUUUAUGGUCCACUGGACAGCAAGUUUGGCCACGCUGGCCAGCGUAGCUGCUUUGAGAACUUCACGGAGCAUGAGUGGGGCAGGAGAGUGGGCCCCUUCAGCAUCGCCUGCCUGGUCUGUGGCUCCCUGCUGCCCUCCGUGGUCAUCCUGGUGUGCUACCCUCUGGUGGUGCGGCGCAUCUCCCUGAUCCGGAGUCACACGGCUCGGAAGGCCCAGAGGAUCAUCUAUACCAUCCUGGCCAUCACCCUGCUCUGCUUCCUGCCCUAUCACGUGGUCCACUUCCUGCACCUGCUGCACCGCCUGGGGGUCAUCCAGCACUGCUCCAGCGGCAACGUCAUCUACCAUGCACGGCGGGUGUCCAUGGCCCUGGUAAGCCUCAAUCCCUGUCUGGAUCCUCUGCUCUACUAUGUCACCACCAGCCACUGCAAAUGGAGACCAAAGAUGAGGGUGAUGUGGACCAGGAACAGGGAUUUCUACAAUGUCAAUAUAAGCUAGAGGGAAAGUACAGGGUCUGUACAUUUAGAGUGGGAGGGUAGAAGAGAGUGGGGUGAGUCUAGUCUGUCAAUUCUUGACUAGUCUUAACCUCUGUACUAACCUCAUACUUUAGGAAUGCCUUUUAUGCAUAUGAAUGGGAAAAUAUACUUGUACUUGAAAUAUACAAUAUUUUGUACUAUUUGUAUUUUUAUAUCGUAUAUAUGGCUAUUUUAUAUUUUUAUUCUAAAUAUUUACAUACUUUAGCCCCUUAGUAUUAGUUAGACUUUGUACUUUUAGUAGAGUUAGAUCACAUAUUGAAGAUUUAAGAUUCCUAUAUGUUGAAUGUAUGCACCUUCCUGCCAAAGUAAAUUCCUUGUCUGUGCAAACGUUCAUGGCAAUUAAAACCCUUUCUGAUUCUGAUACUGCAGCUAUUUUGAACAAUUCUGCUUGUACCAUGUCUUUUGUGUUUGCAUUUUUAUAUAAAUACAAACACAAUGUCAAUAAAGUGAGAUGGGAAUAAAAUACA